GACAAAUGACAUUUGAUUUGACGUUUGACGUUGACAGUUUACAAACCGGAGGAAGCUAAAUCGUGACUUUCAGAAAUUAAUAUUUUGUUUAUUUCCAUUAUAAAUCAUAAAAAUGGCCGCGUCAGUGGUGAAUGCGUAUGCCGACCCCGAGAUGAGUUGGAUGAACGCUCCUCACAGCACGGGCACGUCGAUCAUGGCGUGCGAGUUCGAUGGUGGUGUAGUGAUUGGGGCCGACUCGCGCACCACCACCGGCGCCUACAUCGCCAACAGGGUCACUGACAAGCUCACAAAGAUCACUGAUCAUAUUUACUGCUGUCGCUCAGGGUCCGCUGCCGAUACCCAAGCGAUCGCUGAUAUUGUCAAGUACCACCUUAACUUUCACCGGAUGGAGCUGGGUGAGCAGCCACUGGUGGAGACCGCAGCAUCCAUCUUCAGAGAGCUCUGUUACAGCUAUAGGGAUCAGCUGGUUGCUGGUAUCUUGGUCGCCGGCUGGGAUAAGAAGAAAGGAGGUCAAAUCUACUCGGUACCCAUUGGAGGCAUGCUGCAACGCCAAGCAGUUUCUAUUGGUGGGUCUGGUUCCACCUACGUAUAUGGCUAUGUUGAUGCUCAUUUCAAGCCUAACAUGACCAAGAAACAGGCCAUGGACUUUGUCACCAACACGCUGACACUGGCCAUUUUGCGUGAUGGUUCGUCUGGUGGUGUGGUGAGACUCGGAGUCCUUACUGAGGCGGGUGUAGAGCGCUCUGUCAUCCUGGGUGACCAACUUCCUAAAUUCUAUGAAGGUUGAAUGUAGUUUUAGGGCUUUUUAAGGUAAUAAAAUUUUGGUAAACUUCA